CGCCAACCCAUUCUGGUCGCUCUGUCUGCCACAAUUAUAAAAUAGCACGCCAGUAACGCUUCGCUGUAACGUUACAGCUCCAUUGACGCGGAGAGGACACGCGUUUGUGUUAGGGCUGAAACUCCGGAGUGGUGUCCUUUCCGCUUGCGUCUGAACGUGGCGGUCACCUGCACUUGGUGUUACACUAGGAUAUCUCCAUAGUUAGUUAGCUAGCUCGCCAGCUUCCUAACUACAACCAAAGGUGAAUUUUACCACCUGUUCGUUGGUCAUGUGACGUGUCGAGAGGGAAGGAGAUUACUUUUGUCCGCAUACAGACAAGAGGGAGACCUGGUGGAAAAAGACAGACCCAGCGGACGAGGGGUGGGGGGGAGAGUGUGAGACUCUGAAGAGAGAAGACGGAAGAUCACAGAGACAUGGGUGUGGGGAAGAACACUACCUCCAAAUCUUUGGACUCGGGAGACACGGGGAAGUAUGAGGAGGAAAACAAAAACAGCGAGGACUUUUACCCCAUUCCUGUGGCGGGGAAUGGGGAGGCCCAGUCCAGUCCCGACCAGGACGCCGAGGACACAGAACUCAUGGCCAUCUACGCCAAGGAGAGCCAGGCGGCCGAGAAGAGCUCUUUCUCUGAGACGGUGGACAGUGUAGAUGAUGUCGAUACUCAGCGGAUGGACAUGAUCUACACCAUUGAGGACACGCCUCCCUGGUAUCUCUGUCUCUUCCUGGGCCUGCAGCACUAUCUGACGUGUUUCAGUGGCACCAUCGCAGUGCCCUUCCUGUUGGCAGAGGCCAUGUGUGUGGGCUUUGACCAGUGGGCCACCAGCCAGCUCAUUGGCACCAUCUUCUUCUGUGUGGGCAUCACCACUCUGCUCCAGACCACUCUGGGCUGCCGGCUCCCCCUGUUCCAGGCCAGUGCAUUUGCAUUUCUGGCUCCUGCCCGUGCCAUUCUGUCCCUGGAUAAGUGGAAGUGUAACGCUACUGCUGUCCCGGAGUUCAACAGUACAGAGCUCUUGCACACAGAGCACAUCUGGUAUCCACGGAUUCGGGAGAUCCAGGGGGCCAUCAUCGUGUCGUCCCUGAUCGAGGUGUGCAUCGGGGCCCUGGGGCUCCCCGGCAUCCUGCUCAAGUACAUCGGGCCCCUCACCAUCACCCCCACUGUGGCCCUCAUCGGCCUGUCCGGCUUCCAGGCUGCUGGGGAGAGAGCAGGGAAGCACUGGGGCAUCGCCAUGCUGACCAUAUUCCUGGUGCUGCUGUUCUCCCAGUACGCACGCAAUGUUCAGCUGCCACUCCCCAUCUACAAGUCCAAGAAGGGCUGGACCUCCUACCGCCUGCAGCUCUUCAAGAUGUUUCCGAUCAUCAUGGCGAUCCUGGUGUCAUGGCUGCUGUGCUUCAUCUUCACGGUGACGGACAUCUUCCCGCCGCAGAAGGAGCAGUACGGGUUCUACGCCCGCACGGACGCUCGGCAGGGCAUCCUCGCCGCGGCCCCCUGGUUCAAAGUGCCCUACCCCUUUCAGUGGGGCCUGCCCACCGUGUCAGCAGCGGGGGUGAUAGGCAUGAUGAGCGCGGUGGUGAGCAGCAUCAUCGAGUCCAUCGGGGAUUACUACGCCUGCGCCCGCCUCUCUGGCGCCCCCCCGCCACCCGUGCAUGCUAUCAACAGGGGGAUCUUCAUAGAGGGGCUGUCCUGUGUGCUGGACGGUGUGUUUGGGACGGGCAACGGCUCCACAUCGUCCAGCCCCAACAUCGGAGUGCUGGGCAUCACCAAGGUGGGCAGCCGGCGGGUGAUCCAGUACGGGGCAGCGCUGAUGGUGCUCCUGGGCCUGGUGGGGAAGUUCAGCGCGCUGUUCGCCUCGCUCCCAGACCCCGUGCUGGGGGCGCUCUUCUGCACGCUGUUCGGCAUGAUCACCGCCGUGGGCCUCUCCAACCUGCAGUUCAUCGACCUCAACUCCUCCCGCAACCUCUUCGUCCUGGGCUUCUCCAUCUUCUUCGGCCUCAUGCUGCCCAGCUACCUGCGGCAGAACCCCCUGGUCACAGGCAUCGUCAGUAUUGACCAAGUGCUCAAUGUCCUCCUGACGACGGCCAUGUUUGUUGGCGGUUCAGUUGCGUUCGUGUUGGAUAACACUAUUCCAGGCACUGCAGAGGAGCGUGGGAUCAGGAAGCUGAAGCUGGGGUCGGGCCCCGGGGGGACGGAGCUGGGGGGGCCUCGCUCCUACGACCUGCCGUUCGGCAUGGACUUCCUGCGCAGGCACCGGGUCUUCCAGCACCUCCCCAUCAGCCCCACCUUCACAGGGUACCGCUGGAGGGGCCCGCGCGGAGCCUGCCAGGGCGUGGAGCGGGGAGACGCGGACUCCGCUGGGGGCCAGAGCAGCGUAUAG